AUGGAAUGCAAGAGUUGGAUUCAUGUGGCAGCUGACGAAAGAAAUGCUUAUGAUACUUCAAGAAAGAGAGGCUUUGAUGAAUUAUGCAAUCAAUCUAUUAAAAGGAAAUUCAGUAAGCCAAAAGUUGAUCAAGAGAAACAAUUAAAAUCCUCAAAUACAACCGUUGAUUCUGUUUCUUUAAUUGAUUUUUUCACACAUGAUCAAAUAAUACAACAUAUUAAUAGUCUCAGAAAGGAACCUCUUCAGAUUACAAUGGAAGAUGAAACGAGAAUUGAUGCAAACACAUGCCAAUUAUGUGAAAGCAAAAAUCUUUACUUUGCACCUGUACCUAUUUUUUGUAUAUGUUGUGGCCACUCCAUCGGCAGGAGAAAAACAUAUUUCUGUAGAAAAGAUGAGGAAUUUGAUGCAGAGCGUUGCUUUUGCUCCUUUUGUUAUAAUACAUCUAAAGGCGAGUGCAUCACAUUCAACAUGACAUUUGUUUUUAAGACAAAUCUUAAAAAACAGACAAAUGAUGAUAUACUUGAAGAACCGUGGGUUGAAUGCAAUAAAUGCAAAAGAUGGCAGCAUCAAGUAUGUGCACUCUACAACAACAAAAAAGAUCUGGAUAGUAGUGCUAAUUAUAUAUGUGCUAUAUGCCGCUUAAAAGAAAUUGAAAAUGGAGUGCAUGUUCCCUUACAAGAGGCUAUUGUUUAUGGUGCUAAGGACUUACCAAGUACCAUGCUUAGUGACCACUUAGAGAAAAGACUUUUUAAGCGUCUCAUGGAAGUGAGAGUAGAUGGAGAAAAAGUUGAAGGAAAUGGAAGUCUUGAUAAGGUUUUAGCAACAGAAAGCAUUUCUAUUAGAGAAGUGUUAUCUUUCAACAAACAAUUGAAAGUGGAGAAGUCGUUUCUUGACAUCAUACCAGAAAAGAAUUAUCCGACUGAAUUCUCGUAUAGAUCAAGAGUAAUAUUUCUGUUUCAGAAGAUUAAUGGAGCAGAUAUAUGCAUUUUUGGACUAUACGUCCAGGAGUAUGGCUCUAAAUGUGGCAAUCCGAAUCAGCAUUGUGUGUACAUUUCAUAUCUUGAUUCUGUCAAGUAUUUUAGGCCCGAAAGAGUGAUUGUGGAAGGAGGAGCACUUCGGACCUUCAUUUACCAUGAGAUAUUGAUUGGAUAUCUUGAUAAUUGUAAGAAAAGGGGUUUUUCAACUUGCUACAUAUGGUCAUGUCCUCCUUCAAAAGGAAAUGAUUAUAUAUUAUAUCGUCAUCCUAAAGAGCAAAAGACUCCAAGCAAUUAUAAGUUACGCUCUUGGUAUCUUUCAAUGCUAAAAAAGGCUACUGAAGAAAAAAUUGUUGUCAGUUUAACUAAUAUAUAUGAUCAUUUCUUUGUUCCUACUGAAAAGGGAGGCUCCAAAGUAACAAUUUCUCGUUUGCCAUACUUUGAUGGAGAUUUUUGGUGUGGUUCUGCUAUGGAAAAAGCGAGGACUAUUGAAAAAGAGAGUGGAGGAGACUAUGAAAAUAUGUUGAAAAAAGAAGUGUCAACAAGAGUUUUGAAGACUAUGGGACAUGUUAAUCCUUCGAAAGAUGCUGCUAAAGACAUUCUAGUGAUGCAAAAACUAGGGCAAGAUAUAUUACACACCAGAAAAAAUUUCAUUAUAGCUCAUUUACAAAAUUCAUGCACGCACUGCUUUGAAGUGAUAAUGUCUGGGAAACGGUGGUUUUGCACUAAAUGCAAGAACUUUCAGGAGUGUGAAAGAUGUCAUAGUUCAAAUGAACACACCUUAAAGAACGGCGAAGUGCAUCGACUUUGUGAGGCCGUUGUUGAUGUUAUCCCUUCCAACACUAAGCAUGAUGAUACUAUCAAUGAGAAUGAAGUAUUUAAAGAUAGAAACAACUUUUUGAGCUUCUGCCAGAAGUAUCAGCUUCAGUUUGACACACUCCGACAUGCCAAGUAUUCCUCAAUGAUGAUCCUCUACUAUCUAAGCAAUCCUAGUCCUAUGUUGACUCAAAAUGAACACAAAUCAACUCAAAUUGAAGACAAGCUAGCUGAAAAUAAUUCAACACCACAAUCUGUGUAUCAAGAGUCUAAUGGGAAAAUGGUAUGA